AUGAUGGCAAACUGGGUGGCAGCAAGACCUCUGCUCAUUCUUACUGUUUUUUUAGGGCAAUUCGUCUCAAUAAAUGCCCAGGAGGAAGACGAGGAUGAAGGAUAUGGUGAAGAAAUAGCCUGCACCCAGAAUGGUCAGAUGUACUUAAACAGGGACAUUUGGAAACCUGCCCCUUGUCAGAUCUGUGUCUGUGACAAUGGUGCCAUUCUUUGUGACAAGAUACAGUGCCAGGAUGUGCUCGAAUGUGCUGACCCCGUAACUCCCCCCGGGGAAUGCUGUCCUGUCUGUCCACAUACAACUGGAGGUGGCAAUACCAAUUUUGGAAGAGGAAGAAAGGGACAAAAGGGAGAACCAGGAUUAGUACCUGUUGUGACAGGCAUACGUGGACGUCCAGGACCUGCAGGACCGCCAGGGUCACAAGGACCGAGAGGAGAGAGGGGCCCAAAAGGAAAACCUGGGCCUCGUGGUCCUCAGGGAAUUGAUGGAGAACCAGGUGUUCCUGGUCAGCCGGGUGCCCCAGGACCUCCGGGGCAUCCAUCUCACCCAGGACCUGAUGGCAUGAGCAGGCCGUUUUCAGCUCAGAUGGCUGGGUUAGAUGAAAAGUCUGGACUUGGGAGUCAAGUAGGCCUGAUGCCUGGAUCUGUGGGUCCUGUUGGCCCAAGGGGUCCUCAAGGUUUACAAGGGCAGCAGGGUGGUGUUGGCCCAGCAGGACCUCCUGGUGAACCUGGUGACCCCGGCCCAAUGGGUCCAAUUGGUGCACGAGGACCAGAGGGCCCUCCUGGAAAACCUGGUGAAGAUGGCGAGCCUGGUAGAAAUGGAAAACCUGGUGAAGUGGGAUUUGCAGGAUCUCCGGGAGCUCGAGGAUUUCCUGGAGCUCCUGGUCUUCCAGGCCUGAAGGGUCACCGAGGACACAAAGGUCUUGAAGGCCCUAAAGGUGAAGUUGGAGCAACUGGUUCCAAGGGUGAAGCUGGCCCUACUGGUCCAAUGGGUGCCAUGGGUCCACUGGGUCCAAGAGGAAUGCCAGGAGAGAGAGGAAGGCUUGGACCACAGGGUGCUCCUGGACAGCGAGGAGCACAUGGUAUGCCUGGAAAACCUGGGCCAAUGGGUCCUCUUGGGAUACCUGGCUCUGCUGGUUUUCCAGGAAAUCCUGGAAUGAAGGGAGAAGCAGGUCCCACUGGGGCACGAGGCCCUGAAGGUCCUCAAGGGCAAAGAGGUGAAACUGGGCCCCCUGGUCCUGUUGGCUCCCAAGGUCUUCCUGGUGCAGUAGGAACUGAUGGUACACCUGGUGCUAAAGGCCCAACGGGCUCUCCGGGUACUUCUGGUCCUCCUGGCUUAGCAGGACCCCCUGGAUCUCCAGGACCUCAGGGUAGCACUGGACCUCCUGGAAUUCGAGGCCAACCGGGGGAUCCAGGAGUCCCAGGUUUCAAAGGAGAAGCUGGACCAAAAGGGGAACCGGGGCCACAUGGUAUCCAGGGCCCAAUUGGCCCACCUGGUGAAGAAGGCAAACGAGGUCCCCGAGGUGAUCCAGGAACAGUUGGUCCUCCGGGCCCAAUGGGAGAAAGGGGUGCUCCUGGCAAUCGUGGCUUUCCAGGCUCUGAUGGUUUACCUGGACCGAAGGGCGCUCAAGGAGAGAGGGGUCCUGUUGGCUCUUCAGGACCUAAAGGAGGUCAGGGGGACCCAGGACGUCCAGGUGAACCUGGGCUUCCAGGUGCUCGGGGUCUGACAGGAAAUCCUGGUGUCCAAGGUCCUGAAGGAAAACUUGGACCUUUGGGUGCUCCAGGAGAAGAUGGCCGGCCGGGUCCUCCAGGCUCCAUAGGGAUCAGAGGGCAGCCUGGGAGUAUGGGUCUUCCAGGCCCCAAAGGUAGCAAUGGUGAUCCUGGAAAACCUGGAGAAGCAGGAAAUGCUGGUGUUCCUGGGCAGAGGGGAGCUCCUGGAAAAGAUGGCGAAGUUGGUCCUUCUGGUCCUGUGGGGCCCCCGGGUCUAGCUGGGGAGAGAGGAGAGCAGGGUCCUCCAGGCCCCACCGGCUUUCAGGGGCUUCCUGGUCCUCCAGGGCCUCCUGGGGAAGGUGGAAAGCCAGGUGAUCAGGGGGUUCCUGGAGAUCCUGGGGCAGUUGGCCCAUUAGGACCUAGAGGAGAACGAGGAAAUCCAGGGGAAAGAGGAGAACCAGGAAUAACUGGACUUCCUGGUGAGAAAGGAAUGGCUGGAGGACAUGGUCCUGAUGGUCCAAAAGGCAGUCCAGGACCACCUGGAACCCCUGGAGAUACAGGCCCACCAGGUCUUCAAGGUAUGCCAGGAGAAAGGGGAAUUGCAGGUACUCCUGGCCCCAAGGGUGACAGAGGUGGCAUAGGAGAAAAAGGUGCUGAAGGUACAGCUGGAAAUGAUGGAGCAAGAGGUCUUCCGGGUCCCUUGGGCCCUCCAGGUCCUUCAGGCCCUACUGGAGAAAAGGGAGAACCCGGCCCUCGAGGUUUAGUUGGUCCACCUGGCUCCCGUGGCAAUCCCGGUUCACGUGGUGAAAAUGGCCCGACUGGAGCUGUUGGUUUUGCUGGACCCCAGGGUCCUGAUGGGCAGCCUGGAGUGAAGGGUGAACCUGGAGAGCCUGGGCAGAAGGGAGAUGCUGGCUCUCCUGGACCACAAGGGCUAGCAGGAUCCCCAGGGCCUCAUGGUCCUAAUGGUGUUCCUGGACUGAAAGGUGGUCGAGGAACUCAGGGUCCACCUGGUGCUACAGGAUUUCCUGGUUCUGCCGGCAGAGUUGGACCUCCAGGUCCUGCUGGAGCUCCAGGACCUGCGGGGCCCUUAGGGGAGACUGGGAAGGAAGGACCUCCAGGUCUUCGUGGGGACCCCGGGUCUCAUGGACGAGUAGGAGAUAGAGGACCAGCUGGCCCUCCUGGUGGCCCAGGAGAUAAAGGGGACCCAGGAGAAGAUGGACAACCUGGUCCAGAUGGUCCCCCUGGUCCAGCUGGAACAACUGGGCAAAGAGGAAUUGUCGGCAUGCCGGGGCAGCGUGGAGAGAGAGGGAUGCCUGGCCUUCCAGGCCCAGCAGGCACACCAGGAAAAGUAGGACCAACUGGAGCCCCAGGAGAUAAAGGUCCACCUGGACCUGUUGGGCCCCCAGGUUCCAAUGGCCCUGUGGGGGAGCCAGGACCGGAAGGUCCAGCUGGUAAUGAUGGUACUCCAGGACGGGAUGGUGCUGUUGGAGAACGUGGUGAUCGUGGAGACCCUGGGCCUGCAGGUCUGCCAGGCUCUCAGGGUGCCCCUGGAACUCCCGGUCCUGUUGGUGCUCCAGGAGAUGCAGGACAAAGAGGAGAUCCGGGUUCUCGAGGUCCUAUAGGACCACCCGGUCGAGCUGGGAAACGUGGCUUACUUGGACCCCAAGGACCUCGUGGUGACAAAGGUGAUCAUGGAGACAGAGGGGAUCGAGGUCAGAAGGGUCACAGAGGCUUUACUGGUCUUCAGGGUCUUCCUGGACCUCCUGGUCCAAAUGGUGAACAAGGCAGUGCUGGAAUCCCUGGACCAUUUGGCCCAAGAGGCCCCCCAGGUCCAGUUGGUCCUUCAGGCAAAGAAGGAAGCCCUGGGCCGCUUGGGCCCAUUGGGCCUCCUGGUGUGCGGGGCAGCGUUGGAGAAGCAGGCCCUGAGGGUCCUCCUGGUGAGCCUGGUCCCCCUGGCCCUCCGGGACCCCCUGGCCACCUUACAGCUGCUCUUGGGGAUAUCAUGGGGCACUAUGAUGAGAGCAUGCCAGACCCACUUCCGGAGUUUACUGAAGAUCAGGCGGCUCCUGAUGACAAAAACAAAACCGACCCCGGGGUACAUGCGACCCUGAAGUCACUCAGUAGUCAGAUUGAAACCAUGCGCAGUCCUGAUGGCUCCAGAAAGCACCCUGCCCGGACCUGUGAUGACUUAAAGCUUUGCCAUUCUGCAAAGCAGAGCGGUGAGUACUGGAUUGACCCUAACCAGGGAUCUGCUGAAGAUGCAAUCAAAGUUUACUGCAACAUGGAAACAGGAGAAACGUGUAUUUCAGCAAAUCCAUCCAGUGUACCACGUAAAACCUGGUGGGCCAGCAAAUCUCCUGAUAAUAAGCCUGUUUGGUAUGGUCUUGAUAUGAAUCGAGGAUCUCAGUUUGUUUAUGGAGACCACCAGUCACCUAAUGCAGCCAUUACUCAGAUGACCUUCUUGCGCCUUUUAUCGAAAGAAGCCUCCCAGAACAUCACCUACAUCUGUAAAAACAGUGUAGGAUACAUGGAUGAUCAAACUAAGAACUUAAAGAAAGCUGUGGUUCUCAAAGGGUCAAAUGACUUAGAAAUCAAAGCAGAGGGAAACAUUAGAUUCAGAUACAUAGUUCUUCAUGAUUCUUGCUCUAAACGAAAUGGAAACGUGGGCAAGACCAUCUUUGAAUAUAGAACACAGAAUGUGGCACGCUUGCCCAUCAUAGAUCUUGCCCCUGUGGAUGUUGGCAGUACAGACCAAGAAUUUGGCAUCGAAAUUGGGCCAGUUUGUUUUGUGUAA